CUUCUUUCCUUUUUGGGCAACGGUUUCGUUCCAACAAUAAAUCAAUCAUAGUCAUAUCCAACUAUGUCUACUCUACCUCAACCACGACAAGAUGAAAACAAUCUAGCAAAUAUCAUCGGAGGACCUUCAGCUACUCGAAGUCAAGCGGUAAUUUUGAGUGCAGCCCAAGCUGCCGGAGCUUCUUGGCAGCAAAGGAUCUCAACAUCUCAUUCAGGCUCAACUGCCCAGUCAGCAUCAACACCUCAGUCAAGUUCGGGAACGUCUGAAGCAAACCUAGCGACGACAGCUUCGCAAACAGAUUCAAGUGCAGCGGCAACACCAAGACUAGAUGAUACUGCAGUAUCUCGACCAAUAACUGGUGACUCAGGAGAUUUUGGUUCUCAUAGUCAAGGCACCCGAAUGGAAAAGCUAGGAGCUCGUCCUGCAGCGGCGACAAUACGGGUCAUCAACCCAGCUGGCUCCCUGACUCUACACAGCGGGGACGCUACUCGAGAAAACCCACCCCGCUUGAGACUUAGAGACACCCAUCCAACGGGUGAGUAUGAGGUUGAAAUUGAUCUCAGAAGCCUUGAAGCACCCGGUGCUGAAGCAGCUGCUGGGAGUCCUCAAGGAAUCGGUACUUCUCCAGACACAACAAGAACAACCUCCACUUCCCGACUUGGAGCUGUGCAAGAACCCCCAAAGUGCACUAUAUGCUGGGAACCUUUCACAACACGGGCAACCCUCAUGCCCUGCGGCCACGAGUUCGACCGUGAAUGUAUCCUCCCCUGGUUUCAAGCAAUCAUUCAGGAGAACCACUGGCGUGUUACCCUAACCUGCCCCUUGUGCCGGCAACGCGCUACGCUCAUAAGACAUGCCUGUACCUCCUCAAGCGAUUUCGAAACCCUCAAAAGCAUCAGGCAUUUUCUUCGCACGGGAAGAACAGAGUCGGGGGCCAAUCCUGUGUCAUCUUCUACUCCUAUCUCUCGCCCUCGUCCUCAUGGCCCAGAGCCGCAGUUCCAACCACUGAGCGGUAUCGAGGUCAACUAGAAGAUCUCAUUUUGAGCCGACGCACAGAAGACUGCUUAGACCUUGAGCAUAUAAAUUCAAUGGGUCCACAUCAAUUAAAGACUUUUGUUUUAUUCUUGAGAGGUCAUUCAACGCGGACCGCGAGACUGAAUAGAGAACAUCUACGUGUCUUGGGAGAGAGGAGGUCUCGCUUCAUGGACCUCCUUGGUGACGCUGCUCCCUCUGCCCGCCAAAGACGAAGCCAGCCAAUUUACUCCUUUCCCGGAUUUACCAGGCAAGACUCGUUAGACUGGAACGCGAUCAACAAAAUGAAUCGAAAAGAAUUAGCUAGGUUUAGAACUAUAAUAAUUCGUGACCUCGCUGUCUGGAUGAGUUGGGAAGAUGUGCAAUGGUUGUAUUAGAGAAGUUUCGAGCUCGAGAAUCCUGCACAGCGGAG